AUGAAGGGGUACAACACGAGUUUAGCGGGACACGCCACGGCGCUCGUUGCCGCGGUGGUGGUGGCGUUGGUCCUGCUGCUGGUGGCCGCCGAGGGCCGCGAGCCGAAGGGCUACGAGGCGUACCGGCAGCGCCACCAGCGCCAGCAGAUGGAGCGCCAGAUGCAGAUGCGGCAGCACGAGGAGAAGAACUCCGAGUUCGUGAAGGGAAAAAUAUGCAUCGGCACGAACGGACGGAUGUCGGUGCCAUCGAACCGGGAGUAUCACUACAAGAAUCUGCGCGAUCGGUACACGAACUGUACGUACGUCGAUGGCAACCUGGAGAUCACCUGGAUACAGAACGGUUCCUACGACCUCGGCUUCCUGCAGCACAUCCGCGAGGUGACGGGCUACGUGCUGAUCAGCCACGUCGACAUCCCGCAGGUGAUCCUGCCCCGGCUACAGAUCAUCCGUGGGCGCACCACCUUCAAGCUGAACAAGUGGGACGACGAGUUCGGCCUGUUCGUGUCGUUCUCGCAGAUGAACACGCUCGAGAUGCCGGCACUUCGCGACAUCCUGAGCGGGUCGGCCGGUAUCUUCAACAACUACAACCUCUGCCACGUGCGCUCGAUCAACUGGGAGGAGAUCCUGUCCGAUCCGCAGGCGAACAUUCGGUACACGUUCAACUUCACGUCCCCGGAGCGCGAGUGCCCGCCUUGUCACCAUACCUGCGAGGUCGGCUGUUGGGGCGAGGGAGCGCACAACUGUCAGAAGUUUAGCAAGCUCAACUGCUCACCCCAGUGCUCGCAGGGCCGUUGCUUCGGUUCGAAGCCACGCGAGUGCUGUCACCUGUUCUGUGCCGGAGGUUGCACCGGCCCAACCCAGGAGGACUGUCUGGCGUGCAAGAACUUCUACGACGACGGCGAGUGCAAGCAGGAGUGCCCUCCGAUGCAGCGAUACAACCCAAUCAACUACCUCUGGGAACCGAAUCCAGACGGAAAGUACGCAUACGGAGCGACCUGUGUCCGGAACUGCCCAGAACACUUGCUCAAGGAUAAUGGGGCGUGUGUGCGGACCUGUCCGCCGAACAAGACGCCCCAGAAUGGCGAGUGCGUGCCGUGUAACGGGGCGUGUCCUAAAACCUGCCAGGGAGAGGGUGUUGUCCACUCGGACAACAUCGGCAAGUACCGGGACUGCACCAUCAUCGAGGGCUCGCUGGAGAUCCUGGACCAAACGUUCACCGGCUACCAGCAGGUGUUCUCGAACUUCUCGUUCGGACCGCGCUACAUCAAGAUACACCCGGACCGGCUGGAGGUAUUCUCCACGGUCAAGGAGAUCACCGGCUUCAUCAACAUCCAGGGCGACCAUCCGGACUUUACGAACCUCUCGUACUUCCGCAACCUGGAGGUGAUCGGUGGCCGCCAGCUGAAGGAGAACUUCUUCGCCUCGGUCUACAUCGUGAAGACUUCUCUGAAAUCCCUGGAACUGAAGUCACUGAAACGCGUCAACUCGGGCUCGAUCGUGAUACUGGAGAACAGCAAUCUGUGCUUCGUGGAGGAGAUCGACUGGCUGAAGAUCAAGAAGAGCAGCGACCACGAAACGAUGAUCCACAGGAACCGCGCCUCGAGCGAGUGUCACGCAUCCGGAAUGCAGUGCUCGGAGCAGUGCACCAAGUCCGGCUGCUGGGGCAAGGGCCCGGAGCAGUGCCUGGAGUGCAAGAACUUUGUGUACGAGGGCAAGUGUUUGGAUAGCUGCAAGAGUCUACCACGAAUCUAUCAGGUGAAUUCGAAGACGUGCGAAGAUUGCCACCCGGAGUGCAAGGACUUCUGCUACGGACCGAACGCGGACAACUGUGGCUCGUGCGUGAACGUGAAGGACGGCAAGUUCUGUGUGUCGGAGUGUCCGGUCAUGAAGUACGCCCUGAACGGGACCUGCGUCAAGUGCCACAAGACGUGCGUUGGGUGCAACGGACCGCGGGACACGAUCGCCACCGAUGGGUGCGUUUCUUGUGAUCGAGCGAUUAUCGGUAGCGAUGCCACGAUCGAACGGUGCCUGAUGAAGGACGAACCAUGUCCAGAUGGCUACUACAGUGAUUGGGUGCUGCAGGAGGAAGGACCGCUGAAGCACCUGUCCGGGAAAGCGGUCUGCCGGAAGUGUCACCCGCGGUGCAAGAAGUGCACCGGAUACGGGUUCCACGAGCAGUUCUGUCAGGAGUGUGCCGGGUACAAGAAGGGCGAACAGUGCGAGGACGAGUGUCCGCUGGAUCAUUAUGCGAACGAGGAAACGCGCAUCUGCCAUCCGUGCCACAAGGAGUGCCGCGGGUGCCACGGGGUGGGGCCGGACGCGUGUGACGAGUGCCGCAACCUGAAGCUGUUCGAGGGCGAUCCGUACGACAACUCGACCACGUUCAACUGUACAUCGAUCUGCCCGCCGUCGCACCCGUACAAGCGGUUCCCGCAGGAGACGGGCAAGAUUGGACCGUACUGUUCGACCGAUCCGCUCCAGAGCGGGUUCCGGCUGGAGGCUCAAACCCAGUCCAGUGUGAUCCUGGUCGGGCUGUUUGUGCUGGUGUUUUGUGUGGUCAUCAUGUCGGCCUACUGUAUCUGCAGUAGGCAGAAGAACAAGAAGGAUGCGGUCAAGAUGACGAUGGCACUGGCAGGCUGUGAGGAUUCGGAACCGUUGCGGCCAUCGAACGUGGGCCCAAACCUGACGAAGCUGCGCAUCAUCAAGGAAGCGGAGAUCCGGCGGGGCGGUGUGCUGGGGAUGGGUGCGUUCGGACGCGUCUUCAAGGGCGUGUGGAUGCCGGAGGGCGAGAGCGUCAAGAUACCGGUCGCGAUCAAGGUGCUGAUGGAGAUAUCGGGGUCGGAGUCGAGCAAGGAGUUCCUGGAUGAGGCCUACAUCAUGGCGUCGGUCGAGCACCCGAACCUGCUGAAGUUGCUGGCCGUCUGCAUGACCUCACAGAUGAUGCUCAUCACGCAGCUGAUGCCGCUCGGGUGUCUGCUGGACUACGUGCGCAACAACAAGGACAAGAUCGGCUCGAAGGCGCUCCUGAACUGGUCCACCCAGAUUGCCCGCGGGAUGGCCUACCUGGAGGAGCGCCGACUGGUGCACCGUGACCUCGCCGCCCGGAACGUGCUCGUUCAGACACCGUCCUGCGUGAAGAUUACCGAUUUCGGACUGGCCAAACUGCUCGAUUACGGGUGUGACGAAUACCGGGCGGCCGGUGGCAAAAUGCCCAUCAAGUGGCUCGCCCUCGAGUGCAUCCGCCAUCGAGUGUUUACGAGCAAAAGCGACGUAUGGGCAUUCGCCGUCACGAUCUGGGAACUGCUGACGUACGGGGCGCGCCCAUACGAGAACGUUCCCGCCAAGGAUGUGCCCGAGCUGAUCGAGAUUGGCCACAAGCUCCCGCAGCCCGACAUUUGCUCACUCGACAUCUACUGCAUUCUGUUGUCGUGCUGGGUGCUCGACGCGGACUCCCGGCCCACCUUCAAGCAACUGGCGGAAAUGUUCGCCGAGAAGGCGCGCGAUCCGGGCCGCUAUCUGAUGAUCCCGGGCGACAAGUUUAUGCGCCUCCCGUCGUACACGAACCAGGACGAGAAGGAUCUCAUUCGGACGCUGGCGCCCGUCUCGAGUCCGGCCGGGCCGACGUCCACCACGAUCGACGUGCCGAGUACGAUCGCCGAGGGCGACGAGUAUCUGCAACCGAAAGCGAACCGACCCGCACACUUGAUGCUUCCGGGACCGUCGGCCGUGGAACCGUCAGAGGAUGCGCCGAAAUCGCUGCGCUACUGCAAGGACCCGCUGAAACCGGACGACGAGACUGAUAGUGCCGCGAAGGAAGUCGGUGUGGGGGGUAUCCGGUUGAAUUUGCCGCUGGACGAGGACGACUACCUGAUGCCGACGUGCCAAAGUCAAGCGCAGUCCACGCCCGGCUACAUGGACCUGAUCGGUGUGCCGGCCAGCGUCGAUAAUCCCGAGUACCUGAUGGGUUCGGUGCAAGCCAUGGCCCUUGGCACGCCUCCGCCGAACUCGCCCACGCUCUCGCAGUUAUCGCAUCACUCGUCGUCUUCCAACGGUCCCGUGUCGUCCAUCAGCGGGGCCACCCUGCCCAUCAGCCACACACCCAGCCCGAGCAACGCGAGCGUUGGGUCUACGAAAAACCCCAGCAACGAAGCAACGCAGGCCAUCAUCCCGCUCCAACCGGUAGCGGGUCCAGUGGCGGCAGCGACCACGACGUCUUCCGCCGCCGCACUGCACGAGCCCCAGUCACCGCCGACCCAAACGAUUGGCAUACCGCUGUCGCCGACGGAAACGGAAGCGACCUCCUCCGAGCACGAGUACUACAACGAUCUGCAGCGCGAGCUGAUCCCGCUGCACCGCAACGAAACCACUGUCUAAGCCUCUCUUGCCAACCCCCGGGACCCCCGACGGGAAGCCGAGAGGUGAGCCUUCUUCGUUCGAAGUUUUUUGUUUUAGCAACAGUUAUUUGAUUUUAAGUAGCGAGAUGUGCCUUCGGAACUUCGGAUGGUCUGCAUUUACAUUCGGGAGACAGAGAGGGAGUAUGGUUAUUAGCGUACUUAAAUGUCUACAGCAGAGGAUCCUGAUCCGUUAGUGAUCGGUUCGGUUUAGGGGUGGUUGACUGGCGUCUUCUGCUAUAAAUACUGGAGUUAAGAAGCCGCUUGCAGCCAUUCAACACACACUGAGCCCGUGACACACCCUUAGGAUAGACAGUUUGCCAGAGUUGAAAAGAAGCUAUAGAAAGAGGGGUUUUAUAUAUAAAUAUUUCAUUGGAAUACCUGUGAUACUACUUUUAAAUUUGUACUUUAAAUGCCACGAUUUUAAAUGUAAGGCCUGGAACAUUCAACGAGCAACGUCUACAAAAAACCCACAUACAAAUAACCUUACAACAGAUCGAUGAACACAGAUUUCCCGAGUCUCUCGCCAAGAGCCGGAACACCAACUACAGCACGUUCCGGAGACAAAGUUUAGACAAGUUUAGCAUUAAAAGUAGCAUUUAGAGGAGACGGGCGCCAACGCAAAAAAGUGAGCUAACGAAGAAACCGAAAUGUGUCGAAAAACCCACCCAAAACCCAAACUGCUUGCCUGCACAAGACUACUUAACACACACACAGGAGAGGUCACUAGUAUCGGACUCCGAGGGAACGUCGGGCGAAUGUCCCUACUCUUGCUCCUCAUUGUGCGAUAUCGAGGGAAUAGCAAUAACGGAAUAGAGAAUAACCCAUUCGGCUGCGCGUACUAUUGUUUUCGUUUGUUAGGUGAUACAGUUGAAGGAAGAUGACAUUGUACAUACGGUACAUACGUGGGAAGCCUGCAGGUAUUAUUGGAUAUCGAAUAUAGCGGAUCGCUGCGGUGUUCUCUAGAAACCAGAUAUAUAGAUAGUUUUAUGUACAUAGGCCGCUAGGGCCGCUGAUAUAAGGGCUGAUAUACGGUAGAAUCCAGGAAACCAGAGGGCUCCAUUUUAGUCGAGCUUGCAUUAGAGCGUAUGGGUAGCGAAGUGGCAACGAGCUAGGGAGCUAGUAGAGAAGGAUUUUUAAUAGAACGUCGACAAGCGAACGCUGUUCAAACAGCAACCUGUUCCACAGUGUCCUGAUUGCAACGCAAGCACACGCGACUCAUGCACACAGAGUUGCCAAACGCCGGACUCGCCGGAAGAAACGUACUGCAGAAACGAAAUCGUGCCAUUUUUUGAGUCCGGUUGGCGGAGGCGUGCUCGCGACACUGCGAAUGGCGGUAUGAAGCAAUCCUAGACCGAGCACGAACGCAAG